AUGAACUCUGCCGCGCUGAGCGCUGCCAAGACGCAGCUCCGCUCGCUCAUGAAGCAGCGGCUCAAGGGCCUCUCGAACGAUUCCAUAUUGCAACAAAGCAAAGCUGUGUUCGACUCGUUAAGAUCAUUCAGGCCUUAUGUCGACGCCAACAGGGUGGGUAUAUACCUCGCCAUGCCCGGCGGCGAGCUUCAGACCGAUCUGAUCGUCCGGCACGCUUUGCAAUCAGGCAAGCAAGUCUUUGUACCGUACCUGCACAAGUCUGGCCUCGCUCCUGGAGAGGGCCCCGCAAGGCUUAUGGACAUGGUGAGCCUGGCUGGCAUCGAUGACUACGAGUCUCUAAGGCCGGAUAAGUGGGGGAUCCCGAGCAUUGAUGCGGCCACGGUCGACCAGAGACAGCGCAGCCUGGGCGAGCUCGAGGGCGAUGCGGCAGCGGACGCGACUCUUGACCUGAUACUUCUGCCUGGAGUGGCAUUUGACGAGGAUCCAGACACGGGUGUGAUACGGAGGCUUGGUCACGGCAAAGGCUUCUACGAUUACUUUCUCCAUCGGUAUGCACUGAAGUGCGCAGGCAGGGGGGAUGUGUCUGAUGGUCGCGCAGCUGUAUUGCUAUAUGCUUUGGGGCUGCGGGAGCAGUUCCUUGCGCCCACGUCUGCUGGCCAGCAAGAGAGCACUGUCCCUGUUGGCCCUCACGACCAGCCUCUAGACGGUCUUUUUCUGGGAGACGGGCAGGUCAAAUUGUCCGCGAACUCAGGCCAUACUGAACAGUCGCAAAGGUGA